UCUUUAUAGUUUUUCCUUAUAAUUUCCUCAUUUUGUUUUCGAUUCUUUUUAGGGUUUAUCUUUCAAUCCAAGCUAAAUAAUCUUUCCCUCCUUCAAUUUAUUUCUAUCUCUGUUUAUUUGCCAUUGCUUUUUUCUGGAUUUAUUAUUGUUAGUCUUAAUCUUUAGCUAAAAUUCAUUUUAAUUACACUGUUAAUCACAUUAUUUGUCUUUGUUUCCUUAUUAGAUCACAAUUAUUAUAAGAUUCCAUGAAAUUUCUUUUUCAAAAGGUUUCAGUCUUAAUACACCUUUUUUUUCUCCUCGUAAACCCUCUUUUUCUUCAAGGUUAGUUCAUAACAAUCCAAGAAGACCCUUUUUGUGGCUUAUCAUUUCAGGCUCGUGUAAAAUCUUUGUAAGUUGCAAGGAUUUUACGUUAAAAAGAAUUCUGGGUUUUGUCUGUUAUUGUCUGAAGUUUCUUGUAAAACUUGUUUGAUCGGUUCUUUCAAAUAAGAAGCGCCAAAAAAGACUUGUUUUUGGUGGUGCUGUUGUAUUUUUGGCUUCAAAAUAUUAGUGGGUUUGAUUCAGUUUUUAUUUUUAUUUUUUAUACACACGCGCGCGCGCACUAAAGUUUAAGCCUUUUGUUUGUGUAUUAUGGGAGGAAUGAAGCUUGUGGUUCGUCUAAUAGAGGCAAGGAAUUUGCCACCAACGGAUCCAAAUGGAUUAAGAGAUCCAUAUGCCAAGUUACAGUUAGGAAAGCAGAAAUUUAAGACAAAAGUUGUAAAGAAGAACUUGAACCCAAGCUGGGGAGAGGAGUUCAGUUUUAAAGUGGAGGACUUGAAUGAGGAACUUGUAGUUGGUGUCUUGGAUGAAGACAAGUACUUCAACGAUGAUAUUGUUGGGCAGAUUAAGGUUCCAGUUUCGCAUGUUUUUGAUGCGGACAAUCAGUCACUUGGCACUGUUUGGUACUCACUGCAACCCAAAAACAAGAAGUCCAGGUUCAAGGAAUGCGGUGAGAUUCUUUUAAGUAUAAGUUUUUCUCAAUCUUUUCCUGACUCAAAUUGCAAUGCUUCACAAUCGAAGAAGAAUAUGGAUGUAACGCGAUCUCCGUCUAGGUCUUUUAAUGGGACAAACAACUCAUCCCCAGCAAGAUUAGAAGAAUCUGCUUCCUCAAAAGAAGAGAAGUUUUUUGCACAAAAGAAAUUAGCUGGAAGAAUUGUUCAAAUAUUUAACAAAAAUUCAGACGUGAUUUCAGUCACUACAAGUAGAAGCACUGAAAUUUCAGAGCAAUCAGAAACUGAUGGAUCUGAGGUUUGUGAUGAUAAGGCUGAGGACCAGUCCUCUUCUGGCAACUUUGAAGAACUUAUGAAAGAGAUGGAAUCUAGAGAUGUAGGAAGUGAAGUUCCAAAUAACCUACCAGGAGGAAUCCUUGUAGACCAAUCAUAUGUGAUUUCACCCCCAGAUUUAAACUCUUUUUUCUUUUCACCUGAUUCAAGUCUUGCCAGAUUGUUGUCAGACUUUGUGGGAAAUUCAGAACAGCAAUUUGGUCCUUGGAGAUUUGAGAAUAGUAGUGAGAACUUGAAAAGAGUAAUUACUUACGUAAAGGCACCAACCAAAUUAGUUGGUGCUCUGAAAGCUAGUGAGGAACAAACUUAUCUAAAAGCAGAUGGGAAGAUAUUCGCUGUUUUGAUCAGUGUGAGCACUCCGGAUGUAAUGUACGGUAGCACCUUUAAAGUUGAAUUGCUUUACUGCAUUACUUCUGGCCCUGAGUUGCCAUCAGGAGAGAAAACUUCACAUUUGGUUAUAUCCUGGCGCAUGAACUUUUUACAAAGCUCCAUGUUUAAAAGUAUGAUAGAAAACGGAGCCCGUUCAGGCGUAAAGGACAGUUUUGAGCAAGUUUCAACUUUUUUAUCUCAAAAUGUUAAGCCAGUUGAUUUGAAGGACUUGGGAUCUAGUAAGGAACAGGUUCUGGCUUCAUUGAAGGUGGAACCCCAAUCAGAUGGGAAGCUGGCCAUACAAUAUUUUGCUAACUUUACUGUAGUCUCUGCAGUUUUUAUGGCAUUGUAUGUGUUUGUGCACGUCUGGCUAGCUGCACCCAGUGCAAUUCAAGGGCUUGAAUUUGUUGGGCUUGACUUACCAGAUUCAAUUGGUGAAGUCAUUGUGUGUGGUGUCCUGACUCUUCAGUGUGAAAGGGUGUUAGGGUUACUUUCACGCUUCAUGCAAGCUAGAGCUCAAAAAGGCACCGAUCAUGGAGUAAAAGCACAAGGAGAUGGCUGGGUGCUUACGGUUGCCUUGAUUGAGGGAAGUCAUUUGCCGGCUGUUGAUUCUAGUGGCUUCUGUGACCCAUACGUGGUAUUCACCUGCAAUGGGAAAACUAGAACAAGCUCAAUCAAGUUUCAGAAAUCUGAUCCUCUGUGGAAUGAAAUAUUCGAAUUUGAUGCCAUGGAUGAUCCUCCUUCUGUGCUGGAUGUGGAAGUUUAUGAUUUUGAUGGGCCUUUUAAUGAAUCCAUGUCCUUGGGACAUACAGAGAUUAAUUUUGUAAAAUCUAAUCUAUCAGAUUUAGCUGAUGUGUGGGUUCCUCUUCAAGGAAAGUUAGCACAAGCAUGUCAGUCUAGGCUGCACUUAAGGAUUUUCUUGAACAAUACGAGAGGUAGCAAUGUUGUUAAAGAGUACUUAAGUAAGAUGGAGAAAGAGGUGGGGAAGAAGAUAAAUUUGCGUUCUCCUCAAACAAAUUCAGCCUUCCAGAAGGUUUUUGGGCUUCCACCAGAGGAAUUCCUUAUCAAUGACUUCACCUGUCACUUAAAACGAAAGAUGCCAUUACAGGGUCGGCUGUUUCUUUCAGCAAGAAUAAUUGGAUUCUAUGCAAAUUUAUUUCGGCAGAAGACUAAAUUUUUUUUCCUUUGGGAGGACAUAGUUGAUAUCCAAGUUGAUACUCCUACUCUAUCAUCAAUGGGUAGUCCAGUUAUCGUUAUAACUCUCCGACAAGGCAGAGGUAUGGAUGCCAGGCAUGGAGCCAAGACAAUUGAUGAUGAAGGGAGGCUGAAGUUUCAUUUCCAGUCUUUUGUAUCUUUUAAUGUAGCAAAUAGGACAAUCAUGGCUUUGUGGAAGGCCAGAUCAUUGAGUCCUGAACAGAAGGUGCAAAUAGUUGAAGAAGAAUCAGAAACCAAAUUCCUUCAAACUGAGGAGAGUGGGUCUUUCUUGGGUCUUGAGGAUGUCAGCAUGUCUGAGGUUUAUGCUUGUUCCCUUUCUGUCCCUAUCAAUUUCUUAUCGGAGCUGUUUGGUGGGGGUGAAUUGGAUCGUAAAGUAAUGGAGAAAGCUGGUUGUCUUAGCUAUUCUUACACCCCAUGGGAAUCAGUGAAGACUGAAGUAUACGAGAGGCAAUUAUAUUACAGAUUUGAUAAGCACGUAUCUCGUUUUGGAGGAGAGGUCACAAGUACACAGCAGAAAUACCCCCUCUCUGAUAGGAAAGGUUGGAUUGUCGAAGAGGUUAUGACUCUUCAUGGAGUUCCCCUGGGUGACUUUUUUAAUCUUCACCUGAGAUAUCAAAUUGAGGAUUUUCCCUCAAGACUGAAGGGCUGUCAUGUGCGUGUAUCCAUGGGAAUCGCAUGGCUGAAAAGUUCCUGGCAUCAAAAAAGGAUUUCAAAGAACAUCAUCUCAAGCCUGCAAGAUCGUCUGAAGUUGAUAUUUAAUGCAGUUGAAAAGGAGUUUGCAAAUAGAUAACGAAUGGUUUUCGGGCUGCUUCUCAAUAUUUUAUAUGAUGGGGGCGUAGUUGGAGAUGGCUGAGUGUUCGUAUACACCUUCAGCACCAAACCAACUCUCUCUGUCCAUUUUCAUCGGGGUAGUGAUAUCGGUUUUAGAUAUUGAAUGACUGUUCAUGAUUGUGUAUCCAGCCAUGUGCUCCGUUCUCUCCACGUUGAUGUUGUUGCAGCAUUUUGUUCGAUCUGCCCUACUUUGGUUUGAACCCAAAUUGGAGGAAUCGUGGGACUUCAGAGUUGAACUUAAUGGAGACUAGUUUAGUUCCUUCCACUUUUGUAGACAUUCUAAAAUGAUAUCGAGCCCCGUGCUAUAACCAGCUCUGUCAGCAGCAGGGUUAUAUAUACAUACUCUGUAAAUGUAGAUAAUCCAGAAUCUCAACUGACUAGAACAGCUUGUGCAGUUUCUUCUGAUAUUGCCAAGGAUUUAUUUUUUUAUCA